AUGACUGUUUGCUUCGUUUGUGGCUGUACACCGAUUACAGCACAUGUAAUCGACAAAACAUUGCCUGCUGAUCUUCAGAAGUAUUUUUUGGUGAACGAACUCUGGAACGCACUUCAGACUGCAAGCAACGAUCACGAGAAACAGCAGCUUGAAGCGGAGAUUGAAAGUCUGAAACUCAAAUUGAAUGAAGUGAAGAAAGAACUGCAGUCUGGAGCAGUGCAGAUGCAGGAUGUUGUAAAUCAGCAGACGGCGGGAUCAGCAGAAGCAGGAAUCAGUGGCACUGCUGGUUCGUAG